AUGAAUUUCAAGUUGUUUCCGACGGAAAUUUUUGUGUAUUGGAUUAUUUUUCUUCUAGAAGGAGUUCUCCUGUCCGAUACCAAAGUACCAAUAGUUGCAAAUCAUAACAAUCAAAUCCGACUACAAGUUGGUGAUACACUACGUCUUGAAUGUCCAAUUCACAUUACUUCAUCUGGUGGUCUAGUCUCUUCCAAUGAUAAUCCUAAUACAAAACUUCCUGAAUACAAUUCAGGUGUAAUGUAUAAUUGGAAGGUGAGAGAUUUACACGACUAUUCUUUGGAUACAAAUAGUCACUAUCGAUUCAGUCAACAGCGUCGUAUACUUGAAGUUACGGAACCACUAAAAAUUUCUGAUUCAGGCAAUUACACGUGUUUAGGUGUAACAGGUUUCGGGAAACGUGAAGUCACAUUUGAAGUACACGUACGAGAUCCUAACGUCAAUCUCCUAUGCGCUGUACCAAAUGUGGAAAAUAUCAAGACUAAAGUACCAUGUUUCGUCGACACAGCUUUGAAAACUAAUCCAUCAACCAGUUUGGAAAGACCUAUAGGUUCUUCGGUCACUUUCAACUGUGAAGCUGAAGGUACCGAACCGAUAAGGUACCGAUGGUUUAUGGGUGUUCGUGGACCAAUCUUAACAAUUGAUCGAGUUGGUCGAGAACAUACUGGACAGUAUACAUGUCAGGUUUCAAAUGCAGCCGGAAGCUUAAAUUACACUUACAGGCUACUAGUCAGUGAACCACCAUCAGCUACACCAAAAAUUAUUGGUCCUGUACAGAAUUACACCUUCAAAAAUGAUGAUAGUGCAACAGUUAUAGCGAGAAUAAAGUGUUCAUGUGAUGAACCUGUUAUACAGUGGUUGAAACGAGUUGAACCAGGUGAAGAUAUAAUGUAUCAACAGUUAGGUGCAACAAAAAUAUCCCUACCAAAUGCAAGAAUUACCGAACAAAAUGAAGUAUACGUAAUAUUAGGCUCAUGGAAUGAUUCUCCAGCAGUUGUUGAAAAGACAAUAGCUUAUAUAGAUCGAUCUAAAACUCUUCAUGACAUUAUCAUACCAUCUGAAUUAAAUCAUCCACAAAUUAUUGAUAGUAGUGAUGAUAAAAGAUCAAUGUAUUUUCAUGCUAAAUCAAAUUAUAUUAAACCUAAUAGUCAACAACAUAUUGUCAUUGAGAAGAAAGAGCAACUUUUUAUUACUAAAUUACGAUUUCAGAAACCAUUAAAUAAAGAAAGACAUGAAGGCAAAUAUAUUGUAAUGACUAUGAGUUUAUCAGACGUCAAAACUUUAGAAUAUGUUGUAAUAUAUGUCAAUAUAGUUCAAGAUUCUGCCUUUUUGAAAGGCCGACGUGUUCUAAUAUAUUUCCUUGUUCCAUUUGCUAUUCUACUUGCUGUUCUUGGGUUAAUAGCCUACAUGUUUGUAUUUCGCCGUAAACGUGCACCAGAUCACCUAAUAUCCUCAAGCAAUGAAAGAUGUAUCCUGAGAACAGCUGAACUCAGCCCUGAAGCAUAUCAUGUUAUACCGAAUGGAAAGAAAUCCUCCAGUUUGCAUACAUCAUCUAGACAAUCUUCAAAUAGUCAAAAUACUGGAAAACCAAACUAUUCUUUUAUGGGUGUUCAGUCAGUGUUUACUUCAAGCGAUAAUCAAUAUAAUCACACUCAAAAGGGACCAGAAUUGAAUAAUCCUUAUCCAGGUAUUCAAGUUAAUCCAUCACAGUAUAAUCCUUCUGUGAAUUUCUCUCAAAAUACAACAAUGACUGGUGAUCCACGACUACUUUUAAACAUAAGUGACGAUUCUAGUCGCGUCAACAGUAAGGCAAAUUCUGGACCAACUGUAAAUGGUAAUUGUAUGCCAAAUUCACAUCCAUCUCACUAUGUUUUACCUUGUCCUCCUAACCCAAACAGUAUGACACCAUCAAACCACAGUGAUAUUCAACAAACAGUUAGCAACUUUAAUCAGUUCCCAGCCUAUUUUAUGAGUUCAAAUGAUAAGAAUUUAAAUCCUCAAGUUUUUAAUGAAACUUCUGUACAACCAACUUAUCAACCUGCACCAUUCCCAGGUCCAGUGCCAAGUAUUAUGCUUAAUGUUCCACCAGCGCCUUCAAAUGUCAGCGAAAUAUCAUUCGAUCAAUAUUCAGCAGUCAGUCAAAGUCCAAUCUCUUCAAGUACACUUACAAAUCAUUAUACAGCUCCAUUUGGUGAUUUUGUUCACAAUGAAGAUUCAGAUUGUAAAGACUUCCGGCACCAUUUUCAACCACAUUACCUUAGAACAUAAAUCUUCUGUAAGUUUUUACUGGUAGGUAAGGGAAAUCUUGAAUAAAAACAGGACUUUAACUUGAAUAUAAGUAGGCUAAAAUCUCUUGUAAAUAUAUAAUAGCUUCCUGUGUAUUCCUUUCAAAAUUACACUCGUAAAUUUCAUUAGAAUCAUACUAUUGAAAGUUCAAUUUUAUAAGAUCUUCUCAAGUGAAAUUCAUAUCAUAAUCUGUCACUAAUUCAAUGAACAUUUUAUGCCAUCUCUUCAUUUCACUUAAGUACACAACAGAACAAUCGUAAUUAAGCUCAAAAUAAGUUUAUUCAGUUCCUUUUCCAUUUUCAAACAAAAAACAACACUUUUCGUGUGUAUUUAUAAUCUUUUCAGAAUGCAUUUAACAGAAAGAAAAUAUAGUCAGCUUAUUUUUUCAAACAAGCGCACAAUAAUAUUACUAUGGUUACAGAGUUCAAUGUACAAUUUAUUUCAUUUAUCAUUAUCGAAAUCACUUAUUCUGGAUUGUAUAACAAUGUAUUAGUGCUUUAUUUAUUCAAUCAUUACAUCCUGUUAUAAUUGACCUGUUGGAGAAA